CACUCCAUUUAAACACGUUUUCAUUCUCAGAACUCUCUAAGGAACGAAGGAGAGACAGAGACGAAGACAAAGAAAGAGAGUAGUGCGCAAGCAAAGGAGAACGAAGAAAAUCGAGAGCUUCCAUUCGUGUUUGAGUAAGUUCUUUGAACUCGAUUAUGUUAAUGUUUUGAAAUUUGGGUUUUGGGUUUUGUUUAGAGUUUUGGAUCUUCAAACUCGUUGGGUUUUUUUGGGUUUUAGGUCAUGAAAUUGAAUUUUGGUAAUGUUUUGAAAUUAGGUUUUGGAUUUUAUUUUCUGAUUCAUUUUUUUUUUUUCAAAUGAUGGUUAUAGUUAUGCUUUGAAAUUAUGGUUUUUUUUUUUUGGUGAUCUUCGAACUGGUAGUGUUCAUUUUUUCCAAAUGAAGUUUCUUGUGAUGUUGAAAUUAAGGUUUUUUCCCAUUGUUUGUGUUAUUGAAAAUAGUGUAGCAAAAUAGGAUAUUAAUAUGUUACUUGAUCUCUGGUUUGUACUUGUUUUCUGAAAAAUAAGUUGUUGGUUAUGUUAAUAAGUUCUUUAAGGUUUGUAAGAUUUUGUAUGUGUUUGUGUUGAUUAGGGUAAUAUUGCUCCAUACCUAUAUGUUUAUGCAUUAUAUUAUACUCAGUUGGUUAUUGGCAAUCUGCAAAUACGGUUGAAAAGUUAGGGCUUUCUGGAAUUUGGGUUUCUUUGUAUUAAUUAGGCUAAUUCCUUUCUUGUGUGAUGUUGAAAUUAUGCAAUUUGGCCAAGAUAUCCAUUUUUUAGGUUUUGCAAUCUCUGUUAAUGUCUAAGUGUUUCUGUAUUCUUUAUAAUUUUUUCCUUCUUAAUUUUCUAUUUUACAAUGAUGGAUGCACCCAUUGUUUAUGACUAAGUUGUCCAUUACGGUGAAAAUGUCAAUGUGAUAGGGAAUAUAGAUCUACAGUUACUUAGAGUUCAUGGAUCACAUUAUGGAGCUUGCAUUACCUAAUGUAUUAGCACAAAUUGGGAUAUACAUUAACAUAUAUCAUGACUAACCUAACAACAAUGAAAGGAUUUUAGUUGACAAUGAUCAAAAAGUUGAGAACAUGUUUAUGUUGAAUUGGCUUACGCAUAGGAUUAAUGUGUGUGUUGAAACUAAGGAGCCUGUAGGAGUUGAUCUUGGUUUAGCUGAGUUAUUGUCAGGUCCAGCAAGAGUUUACCCUCCAGGGGUUGGGCCUUCUCAACCUGUAACAAGUUCUGCUCAUGUUGAUGUAGAAGAUGGAUAGAGAUGAGGAAGAUGAAGAUGAUAUUUCAGCUUAUAACCUAUUUUAUUUGUUUCAAUUAAUCAUAUAAAGAGGGGGGAAAGGAAUGGAAAUUGGUGUCAGUGCGAACCAGCAACAGGUAUAGUUUUCUUUCUUUUUUUCCCUUUGUUCAUGUUUUUUUUUUUUUUUCCUUCUAGCUUAUAACCUAUUUUAUUUGGUUGAAUGAAUCAUAUAAAGAAAGGUAAAGAAAAGGGAAUAGGAGUCAGUAAUAUGAGUCAGCCACAUAUUGGGGUCAAUGUCACCCGGCAGCAGGUUUAGUUAUUUUUUUUUCUUUUUUCAGGUUGUUUUUUUUUUCACAUAUUAUAAUUGAAUGAAUCAUAUACAGAGAGAGAGAGAGGGAUGGAAAAUCUGAGUCAGCCAACACCAGUUCCACCAACAGCAUAUUUUGCAGGAAGGGGAGUUAGCAAUAUGAGUCAACCACCUGCAAGGAUGAAUGUUAACCCAGCUGAUGAAUCAUAUACAGAGAGGGAGAAGGAUGGGAAGUCUGACUUAGCCAACACCAGUUCUACCAAUGGCAUAUUCUGCAGAAAUGGAGUUAGGAGUAUGAGUCAACCACCUGCAACGGUGAAUGUCAACCAUCAACUGAGAGGGAAAGGAAUGGAAAGUCUGGGUCAGGCAACACCAGUUCCAUCAACAUCUUCUGCGACAAGGGGAGUUAACAAUGUCAACGAACAACAUGUUGAAAGGGUUAACAAAUUACUAGUACAGAGGGAGGGGAAUCAAUGGAGGAACUUUUCAUGGAAGGAUAGUUGGCAGAGGAAGGACACAUUUAAUCAUGGGUAGCAAUGUUGGUCAUGGUGCAAGCUCCUGAAGCCAAACCAAUAUGUGACAAUUCCAGUUGCAACAAUCUUUUAUGUUUAUAAACUUUAUAGAUGAAACCUAGAUACUGAUGUGUAGCUCCUAAACCUAGGUUUUUUGUGUUGUGGUACAAAAAAUUGUAAA